UUCAUGGAUGGGACAGGAUAGUUCCAUUAUAUUAUUACAUUAUUAUGUAAGGACGUGGCUGUUUGCUUAAACAUUCUCAUAAACAGUGCAUUGAAAAGUAAAUAGAAACGUAUAACCCUGUCUCAAACAGUUGAAAAGUGGUUUCAUUCAUGAUUUGAAAAUGAUCUUUAAAAAAAAAACUGUCCUGAACAAAACAUACCUUAAACCAUCCUUUCAUAUUAUAUUAAAAAACAAACAAACAAAAAAACUCUAAAAAUAUGUUUACGUUUUUAUUAUUUUAUUUAGGGAUAAGAGUUAUUUUUGCACAUUUGCACACUUGGUAAAGAAUCAAUUUGAGUUCCUAGCAUUUCUGUGCCUCCUGGCUUUCCAUCUACUCUAAAGACGAAUGUAACCUUACGUGAGAUGUCACGUGACACACGGUUCUGUGUAACCUUUUAUACACAGGGCUGCAGAGACAGUGGUGAGUCGAUGUUAAUCAGCACAUAAUCAGUACUCUCUAAAACGUGCAAUAUACUCUGGAAAGUAUGGAAGUCAUGAAGGUCCUGGAUUGCUGCUGCUAUGGUGAAGUAUGAUAUUGCCAGACAGCAUGGCAUCGCAGUACUGCCACUAGGCGUUCCAUCUUCUCCAGCAUUCUGUUUGUUGCAUUUAGUGGUCUAGUAAUCCAGAGAACAUCAUGGCCUCCAGCUACCCCCCUCCAUUUGAGGAGCAGGAGGAGGUGAGGGAGGGUUUCCUGUGCCCACUCUGUCUGAAAGACCUGCAGUCCUUUUACCAACUCCAGUCUCACUAUGAAUGUGAACAUUCAGGUGAAGACAGAGAUGUCAAGGGGCAACUGAAAAAUUUGGUGCAGAAAGCUAAAAAAGCCAAGGAUAAACUCCUGAAGCGGGACGGUGAAGACAGAGCUGAAUCCGGGAGUCAUGAAUGCCACGAGUGUUUGUACAAUGGAGGAGUGAACCCCUAUAUGUGGGAACCACAAGAACUAGGUGCAACAAGAAGCCAUCUGGAUUAUUUCAAGAAACACAGAGCCGCCAGGAUUGAUCACUACGUUAUUGAAGUUAAUAAAUUAAUAAUCAGGUUAGAGAAGCUGACAUCAUUUGAAAGAACAAACACAGAUGCUGCCAAAAUAAGAGCAAUUGAAAAGUCUGUUGUAUCAUGGGUAAAUGAUCAAGACGUGCCAUUCUGUCCAGACUGUGGAAAUAAAUUUAACAUUCGAAACAGACGCCACCACUGUCGCCUCUGUGGAUCAAUCAUGUGCAAGAAGUGCAUGGAGAAUAUUACCCUCCCAUCAGCAUAUAAACUGACUAGUGCCACUAAAGAGGGCAUGUCAUUUCUGGGCAGCCCCAGCCUGUCUCCCAGCAGCAGUGUGCAGGGCUCCCGGCGUGGCAGCAUCAGCAGUAUGAGCAGCGUCAGCUCUGUCCUGGACGAGAAGGAUGAUGAGCGCAUCCGCUGCUGCCGCCACUGCAUGUGCAUGCUACACAAACGAGAGCAGCAUAUGGACGAGAAGGAUUACGCUCCGGAGAUCGUCAAGUUCUACGAGAAACUCAGGAUGUGUAUGGAAAAGGUGGAUCAGAAGGCUCCAGAUUACAUAAAAAUGGCUGAAUCGUUAAAUGCUGGAGAGUCUACCUAUAAUUUAUCUCAUGCUAACGGUCUCAGACUGGAAGUCCAGAAGUACUAUGAACUAAUUGAUGCACUAAGUAAGAAGAUCCUGAUGCUGGGAAUGAAUGAAGAGCCUAAACCCCAUCCCAAAACACAGCAGUUACAGCGGAUGAUCAGAUAUACAGCAACACUGUUUGUACAGGAGAAACUCCUUGGAUUGAUGUCUCUACCAACUAAAGAAAAAUAUGAAGAGAUGAAAGAAAAAAGGAAGCAAGACCAGGAGAGAAAGCUACAAUUGGAGAAACAGGCUCUUCAAGAGGCACAGAACAAGAGAACAGAGGAAAAACCAAGAGACAGGUUGCAUGUAGUUGCCAGUACUAAUGGUGAAGCUGCACAAAUGCAAAAGUCCUCCAUGACUAAAGUAGGUGGCUGGCUGCCUUCUUCAGGUGCACCACGCAACUGGGAGAACUCGGACCCUCUCCUCCAGCAGAUAGACAACAUUCAGUCAUUCAUCCAACAGGCAAGAGAAGCCAGCAGGGUGGAUGAAGUGAACAUGUUGGAAGAGAACCUCCGACAGCUGCAGGAUGAGUAUGACCAACAGCAAACUCUUCUAGCGAUGGAGCUUUCCAAAAGAGCAGCUGAAGAGGAAGCCGUGCAGGAAGAGCAGCUGCAGAUCCUUCACGAAAGAGAGUGGGAGCGAGAGCAGCAGAAGAAAACAUCAUUGCAGCACUCAAGAACACAUUAUUCACAUUCCCGGGAGGUAAAGUCCGUCCAGGAAGGUGUUUACGGAAAGCCAACUUUGGGUGUGGGAACUUCAGACUCCACCCAAAACAAGAUUAGCCCCUUAUCAAAAACACAGUCCUUGCGCGUUUUCCAGCACUGGCCCAAUCAAGAGAAUAUGUCUCCCUUACCCCAAUGCGAACGUGAACCACAGCUUGGAGCCAGUGCAGAACAACAUAAGAAACCUACUUCUUCCUUAAAUCCAUUUGAAGAUGCUUCUACACCACUAGAAGAUGAUCCUUCAAAUCCCUUUCAUGAAGAAAUGUCAAAAUCAAAUGGCAAAAAAGACAAUAACCCGUUUGAAGAAGAGGAUGAAGACUCCAAAAAUGAGGUUACCAGUGUUGGUGCAUCAAACCCAUUUGAAGAUUAUGGAAAUCCUUUCAGUGAGCCCAGUCAAAAUGCUGCUAAACCAUUCACUGAGGCAACAUCAACUAACCCUUUUGACAUGGAUGAGGAUGCUGUCGAUGAAAAUAUAAUUGAAGAGGAACUGCUUCUUCAGCAGAUAGACAAUAUCAGAGCUUACAUCUUUGAUGCCAAACUCAGUGGACGCAUAGAUGAGGUGGAACUGCUUUCUGAGAACCUACGAGAACUGCAACGCACUUUGCAAGAACAGAAGCAGAAAAGACGUUGACUUGUUGGAAGGCUAAUGGUGUAGGACUCGGUUCUCUUGGUACAUAGUUAAUAUGGGGCUUUACUUAUCUGUUGAAAUAGUGGGAGCUCUUCAAUUCACAUUUGUCUGGGAAAGCACAAAACCAACAGCAAAAACACUAAUUGUGUGGAACUUUGGUUUAGUAUCCAAUAGAUAAUAUGAUCUCAUAGGUCAAGGAUUAGUUUGAUCAAAUAAUCCUGCCCAAAUUAUAAACAAGCAGUAGCCCACUAGAAAUGAGAUGCACCACCUUAAUGGAGAAUUUAUUUAUUUUGGGGAGGGGGUUGCUUCUCAAAUAGCCUUUACAGUUUUGUUUAAAGUGUAAAUACCUUCAAAUUACAUUUUGUUCCUCAAAUACUGUGUUUUUUGUUUUAUGUGUUAAGGUGGUUUGACCAAGUUCAGGGGCUGUCCUUUAGUUCAAGUUGCAUGGAUGUAUGUAAAUCAGGCUAAAUUAGCUAAGGUAAUAGUUGGUGAAACUUGAUCCAAAGUGGCAGACUUUGAUAAAGACUGAUCUAGCACAUGGAACAUAUAUACGAUAU